UUAAACGAUUUGUCAUGAGCACUUUUCCGAAGAAAAUCCCACGAUGCAGGGCGAAGAAAAUCGUCGGAAAAGAGCAUACAUUCUGCCGGAAAAUGAGCUCAUCUCUUCGCGUGUGCUGAUGAUAUCUUGGGAAUGCAUAUUCAUAUCCAUCGAAAUGGUAGUUGAAAAGGUAUUAACAUAAUCAGAAAAGGAGAACAUCGGUCGUGAUUGUGAAUUGAAUAUCCGGUUACUUACCAGCAUCUGAUUCAUACUUAUAGUAAUGAUUUGGUGAAAAUAUGCAAUACUCUUCCCAUGAAGCUGCAUUAUCAAUACUAUUAUCAUCGAAUGCGUUACAAGGCCAGAAAAAGCAGCUUCAGUGUAACCAGUUGCGUGACGAUAAAUUGUGAUAUCUGGUCUAUACCCGAAUAACGAGGUGUUUAUAGAAAAAUAAUGCAAAUAUGGCUAGUAGUGGUCCAGAACAAGGAAUAGUAAACCCUGUUGGUUCUGAAGGCCAUCAGAAAAUCAGCGGCGGUCGCUAUGACUUUGAGGAUGGUGGUACAUUUUGCGGUGGAUGGGAGGAUAAUAAGGCGCACGGUCAUGGUGUUUGUACGGGUCCAAAAAAUCAAGGUGCUUACUUUGGUGCCUGGCACUAUGGCUUUGAAGUGUCUGGAAUUUAUACUUGGCCGAGCGGAUCUUCAUAUGAAGGACAUUGGCAAAAUGGAAAAAGACAUGGCCUUGGUGUGGAAAUUAGAGGUAGAUGGAUAUACAGAGGUGAAUGGACACAAGGCUUUAAAGGCAGAUAUGGUGUGAGGCAAAGUGUAUCGUCUACGGCUAGAUAUGAAGGUACAUGGGCUAACGGGCUUCAAGAUGGAUACGGAUCCGAAACAUACGCCGAUGGAGGAAGCUAUCAAGGCCAAUGGCUACGUGGAAUGCGCCAUGGAUACGGUGUGCGAACAUCGGCACCAUUUGGAAUGGCUGCACGAUUUCGUACCAAAUCCAUACGGGCUUCGAUGACCUCGCUACGAAGUAAUGAAGGCGGUAACAAUCAAGCACCUACUCCAGACCCUGCGGAAAAACGCAGUCAUAGAAUAGAUGACGCACGGGGUGGAUUCGUGUUGAAAGCCAAAUCAGACGAACCACCAGCAAGACGAAAUAGCUUAGUGGAAAAAACGAAAAAAGGAUUAUUAUCGGGCCUUAAAAUAAGAAAGCAACGAAGUACUGGUGAUUUGGAAAAACGUGGGACUGGAUCUGGAAGCAUUCGAUCAACUGCUUCGAUUGCAUCAUGGCUUAGCACGGAGUCCUCACAGUCAGGAAUGACAAACAAAUCAAUGCAUACAGAUUCCAAUGCUAGCUUUAUUGUGGAAGAUGAACAGUUGGACGGUAGUGUGAUUGAGACGUAUAUGGGUGAAUGGAAGAAUGAUAAGCGUUGUGGCUAUGGUAUUUCGGAGCGAAGUGAUGGGUUAAAGUAUGAAGGUGAAUGGUUUGCAAAUAAGAAAUACGGAUAUGGUGUUACGACGUUUAAGGAUGGCACGAAAGAGGAAGGCAAAUAUAAAAAUAAUGUACUUAUAACUAGUCAAAAAAAGAAACAUCUGUUUCUGAUCCGCUCCGCCAAAUUCAGAGAACGAAUAGACGCUGCAGUUGAUUCUGCUCAACGCGCUUCUAAAUACGCAUUACAAAAAGCUGAUAUUGCCAUUUCAAGGACAGCGACGGCACGUGGAAAGGCUGAAUUAGCAGACGUUGCCGCGGACACAGCGCGUGUAGAUUCUGAUGUGGCUAUACAGAUGGCUAGAGAAUUUGCCCCAGACUUCAAACCACAACUGUUAGAGCGGUUUGAACGAUUAAGACGGGAACGGCAAGUCAGGACACCGUUGGAUUAUUCCAUCAAACAAAUCCCAGAUAUACCACCCAAACCCUCGAUAGGCGAUGGAGUACUGAAACAAAAUACCUAUAACCAAGAAACAGUUAGAUCCCCAACGCAGCCACAAUCCCUAAUGUAUAAUCAUGAUGUGACAAAUGUAGCUUUUAACAAAGGGUAUCCCAAUACCCAACAAUCCGUUCCGAACUAUAACAUGGUACAGCGGCCUAGUAAUCGAAAGUUAUCGCAGUCUUUUGAGCGGAAUAGUCAGCAGAGUUUCGGUGCGAUACCAAAUAUGCCGAACAAUGUACAGAAUGCGUAUUCGAACACUUCGCCAAAUAUGCAUGUUGGUAGUCCAAUCAGUAAUAUUAUGAACCAACAACAGUUAGAAUCAAGUUACGUGGAUAGACAAAGUUAUCAACAGUUAGACAUAGAACGUUUUCAACAAGAUAAUUUUACUCAUCGAAAUUCCAGUCAGAUUUCCGGUGCACCUAAUACUGCGCCACUUGUAGGACAGACCUCUAUAGAUUACUUUGACCAUUAUAAACGACCUCCUAGCAGAGACGGCUCAGUGGAUCGAUAUUCGAGAGCGGCUAGUAGGCUAGGUGGAACACAAUCCAGACAAUCUUCAGUAGAUAGAACCGGUUCAUAUGUAGUUAAUCAAGGUGUAGCGAACGAAUCCGUGCCUGACCGAUCUGUACGUGCUGGUUCGCAAAUUCGAGGGAUAACUCCCAUAAGGAAUGUAACGAAUGUAAACAAUGCGAUACCAACGGGUAAUGGAAUUGGUCCGCAUCCACCGUCCAGAGCAAAUACCCCGCUUCGUCAGCAGACAAAUGAUGCUCCGUUUUCCAAUACAAAUCAACCUUUUGAAGACGUUCUGCUGCGGCAGCGAACUCUUGGCCAAGACAUUAUUCCUUCGCCAUCUCAGCCAAAACGAACAGAAAGCUUAUACCUAUCGAAACCGUUUGGGAAAAUUGGUGGACCCAGUGAUUCUGCUGCACCGGCAACGAUGAGCAGAGGAGGUGGACGAGGAGUAGGAGGAGGAGGAGGAGGAGGAGGAGGAGGAGGAGGAGGAGGAGGAGGAGGAGGAGGAGGAGGAGGAGGAAGAGGAGGAGGAGGAGGAGGAGGAGGAGGAGGAGGAGGAGGUGGUGGUGGUGGAGGUGGUGGAAUGUCGAGGACACCAAAGAACAAAAAGCUUCUGGUCCAGAAGAGCUACGCUAACGUGACGAAGCAAACGGGUCCACGACCGCAACCAACACCAGCUCGUCCGAAACCAGUCAAGCCGAAACCUACCGCACCACCAACGGCAACGUUGGGUGCAUUUCCCGAGUUGCCGAAGCAGACGGACACGAAUGCGCAGAAUAGUAGCCAGGCCGCAACAGCUGUAGCGUCCCUGUGUCCGCAACCACUACUAGCGCAAAUGUCGUCGUCGCAACGAGUGCCAUCGGUAACUGCCCAUCCAGCCAACACCAGCACGGCUACGGUUGACCUGUUUAAGAAGCCCCCACACGCGCUGCGAUCGCAGAGCAAGAGCGGGAAUGGCAACGAAACCGACGAAUCUUCCACAUCCACGAGUAGCAGGCGGGACAGGGCCGACCGCCGAGCAAAGAAACCGCGCCGGACCAGCGAGGACGAAGAGCGGGGUGGAGAGAAGCUCCCAUAA